GAUCCAUUCUUUUCAAUCCUGUUUCUGUCCCUCCCUGCAUCCUCCGAUCAAAUUUCAGUUCUGCAUACUAGAUUUAUAUAUAUUUCGAAAAUAAACAUAUUGUUAAACAUUUAAGACAUUUAGGUUAACUAAUGAAGAAUGGCAGCUAGUUUUGGGAAGAUCAUCGUUGGCGUUUUUGUGGAAAUAAAACGAAGCGAUGGCCGAAUACACCAGGCGAUGGUCACCUCUCUGAACGAGGACAACGAGAGUGUCACCGUGGAGUGGAUCGAGAAUGGAGACACCAAAGGGAAAGAGAUUGACCUGGAGAGCAUAUUUGCACUAAACCCCGAUUUGGGCCCCGACGAAGAGAUCGCCCCAAGCCCAGAGACGCCGCCCCCACCCACGCCCUGCUCCGUGAAGGUCAGCAAGAUCGCCAAGAAUCGGCGGACAAUAGCCCCAACUAAGAAUGACACUCCAUCAAAGGAAAACCGAGUGGUGUCCACACGAGCCAGACCAGUCCCUCCCCCCCAGCCGGAGCCCGCCCCCCCUCCCCCGGCCCAGCCUCCAGCCCAACCCAGCCAGGCCCAGACCCAGCAGCAGCUGCAGAACGACUCUUCCAUACAUCAGCUACCCAGAAAGGAGUUUGGACAGCUUUCACGGAGGAAGUCUAACUGUGUGAAGGAGGUGGAGAAGCUGCAGGAGAAGAGGGAGAGGCGGAGGCUCCAGCAGCAGGAGCUGAGGGAGAAGAGAGCACAGGAAGUGGACACCACCAUACCCAACUACGAGAUCUUGUACAUGAUCCGAGAUUUCCGCGCCAGUCUGGACUACCGGCCGCUGACCACCGCGGACCUGAUCGAAGAGCACAGAAUAUGUGUCUGUGUGAGGAAACGGCCACUCAACAAGAAAGAGUUGACGGUGAAGGACCUGGACGUGAUCACCAUCCCCAGCAAGGACGUGGUGAUGGUGCACGAGCCCAAGCAGAAGGUGGACCUGACACGCUACCUGGAGAACCAGACGUUCCGCUUCGACUACGCCUUCGACGACAGCACCACCAACGAGAUGGUGUACAGGUUCACCGCCAGGCCCCUGGUAGAGACCAUCUUUGAGCGUGGCAUGGCCACCUGCUUCGCCUACGGACAGACAGGAAGUGGCAAAACACACACUAUGGGUGGGGAUUUUUCUGGAAAGAACCAGGAUUGUUCUAAAGGAAUUUAUGCAUUAGCUGCUAGGGACGUAUUUCUCAUGUUGAAGAAACCCAACUACAAGAAGCUGGACCUUCAGGUGUAUGCCACCUUCUUUGAGAUCUACAGUGGAAAGGUGUUUGACCUGCUGAACCGUAAGGCCAAGCUGCGCGUGCUGGAGGACGGUAGGCAGCAAGUGCAGGUGGUGGGGCUCCAGGAGAGGGAUGUCCGCUGUACCGAGGACGUCCUCAAGCUCAUCGAAGUGGGCAACAGCUGCAGGACGUCGGGCCAGACGUCAGCCAACGCCCACUCGUCGCGUAGCCACGCCGUGUUCCAGAUCAUCCUGCGCCGCAAGGGCAAGAUGCACGGCAAGUUCUCCCUGAUCGACCUGGCGGGCAACGAGCGGGGCGCCGACACGUCCAGCGCCGACCGCCAGACGCGCUUGGAGGGCGCAGAGAUCAACAAGAGCUUGCUGGCUCUCAAGGAAUGUAUCAGGGCACUGGGCCUCAACAAGCCCCACACACCGUUCAGGGCCAGCAAGCUCACCCAGGUCCUCCGAGACUCCUUCAUCGGGGAGAACUCCCGCACAUGCAUGAUCGCCACCAUCUCUCCUGGCAUGACUUCCUGCGAAAACACCCUCAACACGCUACGCUACGCUAACAGGGUAAAGGAGUUUGGGAUCAGUCCCUCAGACAUCCCUUUCUCCCAGGGAGGUCGCCCCGAACUCUCGCCCACACACACCUUUGAGUUUGAUGACUUUGCUGCCACCUCUCCCAGCAGGGUGAAGGAGCUGACCGUGGACACCAACCAGGUGGUGGAGGGCGGUCGAGCCAACAACCACGCCGUCAACCAGAUAGACCUGCUGGACGAUGAGGACUGGCUGGGGAGUUCCCCUCAGAGAGAUGACCUCAAACUGCUCUGUGAGCAGAAUGAGGAGGAGGUGUCCCCCCAGCUCCUCACCUUUCAUGAGGCCGUGUCCCAGAUGGUGGAGAUGGAAGAGCAGGUUCUGGAGGAUCACCGCGCUGUCUUCCAGGAGUCUAUCCGCUGGCUGGAGGAUGAGAAGGUCCUGCUGGAGAUGACGGAGGAGGUGGACUACGACGUGGACACCUACGCCACCCAGCUGGAACACAUCCUGGACCAGAAGAUAGACAUUCUCACUGAGCUCCGAGAUAAAGUGAAGUCAUUCCGCUCUGCGCUGCAGGAGGAGGAACAUGCCAGUAAGCAGAUUAAUCCCAAGAGACCGCGGGCCCUGUAAGACGAGUGGCAGGGUCUGUGUUUGUUUUUAGCAAGCCAGCAGAGAGCGGCACGUACCGGAACAUGACCACUAGAGGCUCCAGGUGGCUCUCUGAGAUGUUACCGCUGGCUGCAAAGCUAAAAGGACUUUUUACAAUCAAACUCAAUAACGUUUUCACUUUAUUUCCCAGUUCUCGCAAACCAAGGUUGUUUUCAAAAAUGGCAUCAGACACAAGAGGAGGAAGCUUUUAUUUUUAUCUGAACCCCCCCCUCCCCCCAUUUCUUUAGAUGGUUGCUUGAAACAUUUUUUAAAGCCUUUAGUUUUUUGGCCCUGUUCUAU